CUAGUGACGACUCUUAGAAACAACUCGGUUUAUACACAGAAAUUAUUAUCGAUGAUUCCAGUUUUUCCAUUAUAUUUUCCAAAUGUUUUUGUAAAAAUCAAGUUUAAAUAAAAAUCUCAGCAAAAUGAGAGAAUCAGGCAAAAUUCUCUUCACUACAGUCGAGUGUCUAGUGAAGUUUUAGUGAUACAAAAAAGAAAGACGCUAGUGAUUGUUUUUUGGGGAAAAUCAUAACAACAAAGGGAAUAAUUUUCCUUCUGUCGAGGGAAAAUUGUAUUUUUUUUUCUUUUGAUUAUUAACAAAUUAAGAGAAAAGAAGAAGAUUGAUAAAACCUAUCAGUAUUAAAAUUCAAUAAAUGGCCCUUUUAUUUACUAGUAUGUGGGACUCUACUAUGUUCCUGAGCACUCUAACCCCCAAAUUUUAUGUUGCUCUUACCGGAACAUCAUCUUUAAUAUCUGGACUUAUAUUAAUUUUCGAGUGGUGGUAUUUUAGAAAAUAUGGUACAUCAUUCAUCGAGCAAGUUUCUUUAAAUCACAUAUCACCGUGGAUUAGCGGUGGCGAUACAUCAACUGAUGGAAACAAUUCCAGCAUAAGCAGUACAAAUUCCUCGAAUCAACAAAAUGUACCUGAAUGCAAAGUGUGGCGAAAUCCAAUAAAUCUAUUUCGAGGCGCCGAAUACCAAAGGUUUUAUUGGGCAACAAAUAAAGAACCCCUAACUUAUUACGAUAUGAAUUUAUCGGCACAGGAUCAUCAGACAUUUUUCACAUGCGAAGGCGACAAUGGAAAGGCCGAAUAUGAAAUAAUGCAAACAGCAUGGAGAGAACGAAAUCCAAUGGUACGAAUAAAAGCCGCUCACACGGCACUUGAACACAAUCCAGAUUGUGCACCAGCUUAUAUUCUAUUGGCCGAGGAGGAGGCGACGACAAUUCUUGAAGCUGAAAAAAUUCUCAAGCAAGCAUUAAAAGUUGCCGAGAAUAAUUAUCGUAAAUCACAAAAUACACAGCAUCAGGGCUCGAUAGCGGAGGCGAUUCACAGGCGAGACACAAAUGUCUUGAUUUACAUUAAACGACGACUCGCGAUGUGCGCGAGAAAAUUGGGAAAAUUAAAGGAGGCCGUGAAAAUGUUUCGCGAUCUCACCAAGGAGGUGCCACCAAUUAUGAAUGUUUUAAAUAUUCAUGAAAAUCUCAUUGAAGCAUUGCUUGAAAUGCAGGCGUACGCUGAUGUUCAGGCAGUUUUAGCAAAAUAUGACGAUAUCAGUUUACCGAAAUCGGCGACAAUUUGUUACACGGCUGCUUUAUUGAAAGCGAGGCUGGUUGCUGAUAAAUUUUCCCCUGAUAUCGCCAGUAAAAGAGGAUUGACCACCUCGGAAAUGUCAGCUGUUGAAGCUAUUCACAGAGCCGUGGAGUUUAAUCCUCACGUUCCAAAGUACCUUUUGGAAAUGAAACCACUAAUAUUACCGCCAGAGCAUGUUUUGAAGCGUGGCGAUUCAGAGGCGAUUGCUUACGCCUUCUUUCACUUGGCGCACUGGAAACAAAUGGAGGGUGCACUUAAUUUACUGCAUUGCACGUGGGAAGGCACAUUCAGAAUGUUACCCUAUCCAUUGGAACGUGGACAUUUAUUUUAUCCCUAUCCAACAUGCACAGAAUGUGCAGAUCGUGAACUAUUGCCGGCAUUUCACGACGUGAGUGUCUAUCCAAAAAAAGAGUUACCAUUUUUUAUUUUAUUUACCGCCGGUUUGUGCUCGUUCACUGCAUUGGUGGCACUAUUAACGCAUCAAUAUCCCGACACAAUGGGUGUUGUUGCACGUGCAAUGCUCGCCUGGUUCUCUCUUCCAUUCUACUAUGUCAAAUUUAUUUAAAUUUUUCAAAAAUAACUCUUAUUGUGAUAUAUUCCUAUAGUGCGCGCAAUUUCAUCAUUAUUUUCGAGGGAAAAAAAAUUAUUAAUUAACGUUCAAUUCAUUUUUAACGAUUCGUUAUUUUAUCAAAUUUAUUAUUAAAUUACUUAUGAAAGUAAUAAAUUACACAAAGUAAUUACACAAGGUGGGCAUUUCCACGAGAAUAAUUGAAUUUUUCGCUCAAAUCACGUUAUUAUAUUAAUUAAUUAUAAUUAAUUACUUUAAGAAUCCGGUAAAUAAAUUCUGUGUUUGAAUUUAAAAACUCGAUUAUCUUCUUUUCUUUAUUUUAUUUUACACAAAUUUAUUUACUUUUUCGUCGAAAUGCCCGAGUAAUAAAUUAUUGAUGAAACGAUUAUUAAUAAUUACUGAAUUGUUAAUUAAUAAUUAAAAUAUAUAAUCUAUGUGAGAAUAGGUUCAAAGGAGGAUGACAUUCUUUAUUAGAGUUUACAAAAAAAAAAUGUUAUAUUGAACAAAUUGUGUUAAGAUUAUUUUGAAUUUUGUUUUGUAUUCUACAUUUCUAAAAUGUAGAUAGGCACAAGAUUUGCUUUGAAAGCUGAAUGAACAAUGAAAAAUGAAUUCCAUAUUUUAUUUUAUUUUUUUUCAGGACUGACAAUACUCUUGUAUUUAUUAUUAUUAUAUUAUUAUUAUUAUUAAUAUUAUUAUUAUUAUUUAUGAGCGAGUUAAGUCAAUCACAAUUCCAUCAAAGAUAAAUUGUACAAAUUAAUAAAAAAUCCAUGUAAAGAAUAA